CACGCAAGAAAGGAAGAACUAGCGACAUUCUUCUUCGUCAAACGGAAGAAAAAAACUAGCGUAACUCCUCCAACGUCUCUCCUCCUACGCUCCUCAUUCAAUUCAGCAACGGAAAUAAUUUUUCAACGGGAAAUAGCGCUCCUUGCUGCUAUAAAUGGGCGACAUACAUCAAGUGACAAAGAGGGAGGGGAACCAGCGGAGAGAACGACCAGAGAGCCGUGGCCUAGCCGUGGUGGCGGACGGCCGGCAGACGCAAACUGGCGGUCGCAGCAGUCCCAGUGAGCGGUCGGAAGCCUCCACCACAGUUCCAAUUCUUCAAUUUCAUCUUCUUCGGUAACCCUAUAUUUGUCAAUUUCUUUUUCUUCUCCAAUUUCUUUGUAAAAGUGUUGUUUGAAUUCAUUUUUACAUUUUUGCUUGUUUGUUUGUGUUAAUUUUAAAAUUCUAAAAUGGUUGGUGUUCUUUUAUGGGUUUUUUAUAUAUUAAAUCCCUUAUGAAUGAAAAUUGAUUCUUACUAGUUUCUUCAAUUUUUGCGCAAAUUGAUGUUAAAUUGGUUGAAUUAUAAAUUUGAUUUCAUAAGUAGGUUGAUUAAAAUUUUUAUGCUUAAGUUAUUCGAGGAGACCUGCAAAAUAUUUUCAUCAUUAGACGUUAAAGUUUAUUAAAGUGUAUCAAAUGUUCUUCAUGAAUACUUUGUGCAUGGGAGUUAGAAUGAAAGAAAGAUUCGCUCUUUUAUAAACUUUUUCAUCUUUUGGAAUCAUUGUUUGAGAGCUUGAGGCUCUUGGACUUCGGGCUAUCUCCAUUCCUUUAGAUUCCCUCGAACGGACUUCAAAUCUUUUAUCUUCUAACCACCACGUGAGAAAAGAAUCCUCGGUUGAGAAUGAGUAACGCAUCGACGCACGCUCAUGACAACACCCAACACCUGGGUGACGACCACAACGAUGCCGAGACGGAGGCGUCUAGCUUCAUGCCUCAGCAGAAUGCUGGGCAGCCCAAUGUACCACUGAACGCAGGAAAUAAUCAGAACUUUGGGAACCCGCCCGAGAACGUCAUGCCGGCUUUCAUGGCUCAAUUCUUGCAGCAGAUGGCGAAUGCACCGAUGUUUCAGCAGCCUCAGCCACCUCAGUGACACAUCACCUUCAAAACGUUGAAGGACAACGGAGUAGAGGAGUUCCUUAGGGACCGGGUGGCUGAACCCCAAGUGGCCCUCGACUGGAUAGAUCAGGUGGCAAGAGUGCUCAAUGACCAGGAUGUGCCGGUUGCAGAUCAUCCAUGAUUGGCAGCUCAGUUGCUCCGCAAGGGAGCAUAUUGUUGGAACACACUUUGUAAGUUAAACUAAAGUCGUGUUCAUUUC